ACGAUAACACACGUCUUCAAUUUUUGACACUUGCCAUUUUUAUGAAUAAUCUUACCAAGUGGAUGGGAACUUUUGUUUCGCUGCUCUUUUAGAGAAAGGAACCAAGUUUUUUUUUGGUUGUUUUUCGCAUUUUUUUAAAAUUAAAAUUGUUUUUACAUCAUAUUCAAUUAAAAUAGCACACCGAAACAAAGUUCCCGGGCCCAUUUCAUAGAAAAAGAAGUUUUUUUUUGUGUGUGUAUCAAAUCGUAUUAUCAAAACAGACAAAGGGAUAGAGAAAGCAAUUAGUGUAUAAAAAUGGCCAGUCCACGAACCAGACGCAUUUUACAAGAAAUUCGGCCCACCAACGAAAAUACUAAAUGUUUUGAAUGUGGCACACAUAAUCCACAAUGGGUGUCUGUAACAUACGGAAUAUGGAUCUGUCUGGAAUGCUCGGGAAAACAUCGCGGGCUUGGCGUACACUUAUCAUUCGUACGUUCGGUGUCGAUGGACAAAUGGAAAGAUAUUGAAUUGGAGAAGAUGAAGGUUGGUGGAAAUCAGAAAGCACGCGAGUUCUUCGAUAGCCAGCCCGAUUAUGACGAUACAAUGUCCAUUCAGCAAAAGUAUAACACCAAAGCGGCUGCACUAUAUCGUGACAAAAUAUCAACGCUAGCUCAAGGGAAACCAUGGAGUGAAGAAGCGUCAAAAGCAUCGAAUUACAACGCUUCAUUCGCAUUAGACACGCAAAAACAUUCCAGCUCACGUAGCUCAAAUACAGUAGAGACCAGCAAAAGCUAUCAAGAUUUAGGUGAUGCUGCUGGUGGCUAUCAGAAUUUCAAUACACGUGAAUUCCGCGACCAAAAGGAGCAUUUCUUUAAUCGCAUGCAAGAAGAAAAUGCAUCCAGGCCUGAUCAUUUACCUCCUAGCCAAGGUGGAAAAUAUGCGGGAUUCGGCUAUACAAAAGAUCCAAUGCCAAAAAGCCAAUCUCAAGAAUUGUUGGAUACAACAUUGACAUCCCUAACCAGCGGAUGGAAUAUGUUUUCGAUUGGCGCCUCAAAAAUUGCAAACACUGCCCGAGAAAAUGUGUCGCGCUACGGAAACAUUGCUGGCCAAAAGGUCAAAGAUGGGACUUUAUAUGAAGAUGUUAGUACAGGUGUCACUAGCUUUGCUUCAAAGAUUGGUGAAUUGGGCAAAAAAGGUUGGAGUACCCUGAAUGGUGCCAAUUUAUCAUCACCGCAAGAUGGCUACGAGAAUAGUUUUGGCGAUAAUUACCAAAACACGAACAUUCCACGUUCACAAUCGUAUCAAACGGAUAGCUACCAUUCUGGUUCGAACAACGAUGGAAAUUGGAACGGAUUCGAUAAUAACUUUGAGACACAAACACAAUCUUAUCAAGGUGGUUCGUCCGAGCCACAAAUCGCAUCACCAACAGUAAAUAAUUCCACAAGAAAACAACACAAGAGCGAAAAGGGGGAAAACUUUGCCGCACUUGAUGUUAAAGCUUCCAAACCGAAACCGACUAAUAAGACCAAAAGCAUUGAAGAUGAUGCUUGGAACCUGCUAAACAAUUAACAACAUUACAAUCGUCCAAGAUCAUUUAAAUACCGAAAAUAAAGAGAAUAACACAAUUUUACUAUGCAAAAUGUAUAUAAAUCAAUUCAAUGUGAAACCGUUUAAAAUUCAAAAGUAAAGUCUUUAUGUUGAGAGAGUAUUUGUAAUUGAAACGAGAGAAAAAAAAGAAGAAUUUGAUAUAAAACACAUGGCAGAACUAACAAACAAAAACAAAA